AUGAUAGAAAGCAAGGCACCCCUCUGCCUACAAGUGAAGGAGGUUCUUAGCAAUGGUCUAGACCAGCAGCUGCGCGACUUGUUGAAGAAGGAAGAUGCUAGAGACAUCAGGGGCUGCUCAGACUUCCUUGGAGCAGGGAGUCUCCUGCAUUAUGCGGCGACAACAGGAAAACUUCGAAACCUCGAGGCUCUCGUGACGGAGCUCGGGCUUAACGUCAACCAAACAGAUACGCUGGGCAUGACCCCCCUGCACAUCGCCUCGAUGAGGGGGAACGUGCAGUUCUGUAUCAGCCUCAUGAGGCUAGGAGCAAGCAUCACUGCUCGAGACCACCAGCGGCGCAGCGCUCGUGACCUCGCCAUCUUGAGCGGGCAUAGGUACCUUGCUGGGCUCCUACUGAAUGGGUUGUCCGGCCUCGCAGUUGGCCGCGAGAGCAAGUCAGAAAGUGCCAAGAGCGGUCGGCAGAGGAACUCUUCCUCAUCCUCCGUGGACCUGCGCAGUCACCUUCCUACAGCAGGCGACCACAUCCUAGGCGUCUGUGCGUCUCCAGCUCAGCAGACGACUGCGGAAAACUGCAUGAAACUGUACAACUUCACCCAUGCAGGGGGGAUACAGGCCAACUGCACGGCAGUGCCAGACGUCCCCGACUGCAUCAAGAACGGUUACGCCUGCCUCAACGGCGAGGUGCUGAUCCCCGAGGCUCCCUGUGCCUUCCCGUUCGAGUACAAGGGCAAGCUCUACUAUCAGUGCUUCCCCGAUGCCGUCCCUUGGUGUUACAUGGCUCCCAACUUUCAGGUCCCCUGCUCACCCGAGGCGAAGCUUGCAGGCUGCAACGAUGAUAUCAAUCUGUACAACCCGAACUUGCCCAAGUACAAGUGCCGGUGCAACAUCGUCGGCAGUUGGAACGCGCCCACUGCUUCUAGCAGGAGUAUGACGAUCAUAGGGUACGGCUUCGGAAACGGCGACCGAGAUUGUACCACCGCCUACAUGGAUUGUAUACAGGCCAAAACCUCCGACGAAUGUCGGCUGCAGUACUUCCCCAACGCCUCAUCGGACAACUAUGAGUUCCCUCAGAACUGUAAGUAUCAUGUCUUGACCAUCGGAAAGACGCAGGUCAGCAACGUCAACUGGACCUCCGACAGCUCCAUCAGCUGCAGCGUGCCGCCGGGUAUCGGCAUCAACCUUGGGAUGAACUUGGUGGCGGGAAGGUACAGGAGGGACACCAACGCGUACUCUCCCCUCAUAAACAUCUUCUCCUACGACCGCCCAGCAGAACGGCAAGUCAUGGUGCCCAACAGUCCUACCUCUGGCGAUCGCAUGGUAACGAUCCUUGGCCAAAACUUCGCUCCCUUCAUGGUGUCCGCUGCCGCCGCCAUCGGGGAGACGGACUGCCAGUGGACCCGCUGGGUGAGCUCGACGUCAAUGUUCUGCUCGGUUCCUGUUGGGACAGGGGGCAAUCUGCCAGUCAACGUGUCCAUCUACGAGUGUCAAGACACGGCUCUAGAGGCUUGUACCCCUACCCUGAUCAUGUCCAAGGGGGGUGUCAAGAACGUCUUCAGCUAUGACAAGCCUUCCAUCACCUCCGUGGGUCCAGGAAACUCCCCUGCUGUCGGCUACGCGCUGAUUACGAUCUUUGGCAAGAACUUCGGGUACAGCAACAGCAAGUGGACGCUGCUGGACUCUUCCACGGGCACGACCGUGCAGGUGGCAACCACAGUUCAGUCGUAUGCCCUCUCCCGCUUCCCCAUGAACGAUUACUACAUCGACCUCCACCUGGCCACGAGCGAGCCGAAUCGAGCCCUGACGGCUGGGUUGGAGUUCAUUUGUGUGGGUGACGCGACGUACGACGGGACCCCCUGCUACUGCCCCAAUGGUGCCAGCACCUGUGCCAGCGCUCUUUGUGGGACAUUUGCACAGUGUACUGCCGCUAGGUUUCUCUGCGUCGGAAGCUCCAAGGACAACUUUGCGGUCUGUGCGAACUCGAACGCUGUGUGUGCGGGUGGCAGCAAGUGCGUUGCAAUCCCCCUUGGUCUCGGAUGCCAGUACUGGGAGAAAGUCUGCACCGUCGACAAGGACGUGUACGGUUGCGUCCCUCCUUUCCUCAAGUUCUCCUGCGAGUUCAGUCUUAACCCUGACGGCAUCAACUGCAACAAAGUGUCACAGAGCCCAACAACUCAGAGCGUCAACAGCGUCUUGUGUGCCUCCAACUUCCACGGUUAUGUGACAGGCACCGAGUGCAUCAACCUGAUCUGGCUCUCCGACUCAAGCAUCAUCUGCAGAGUCCCAGCUGGACUCGGCCCCCAGCAAGACGUCUCCCUCAUGAUCGACGGCCAGAGCCGAUCGCUCAGUCAGAUCUUCACCUACAACGCUCCAGAGCUCUCAAGCAUUCCCACCUCCCUCCAGCCGACAUCGGGCAAGGCCGUCAUGACCUUUUUCGGCGAGUCCUUCGGCGCAUUCAGCUGCAACAGGACCUGGUGCAGCCGCUUUCAGAUCUCAGGAGACGUCAUGAGCCACAAGUCCAGCAACGGCGGCAGCGCGUGCAUGAAGACUUCGUGGAACUCCGACAGCACUCUGCUGUGCCAGCUCUCAGCUGGGGUCGGGGCGGACAAGGAGGUGCAGGUGACGGUGAUGUCCUCCGCAAACACGCUGUCCUCUGUCCUGCUAGAGGCAGCGGCGAGGAGCGGGAAGCUGCCGGGCAGAAUACAGUACCAGCCCCCUGAACUCAAUGUCGUCCUCCCCGGCAACGGGCCCACCAAAGGCAGCAGCUUCGUACAGCUCACCGGCAAGUCCUUCGGCUACUUCGACAGCUCCGUGGCUGCCAGGAUGGUGGGUAGCGCAUGCAGCGCAACACGUUGGAUGGCAGACACUGCAGUGCUCUGCUCGCUCCCAGGAGGAAUCUCCUCUGCCGAAUGCUCCGUGUUCGCGCAAGUCCCAGCUGCCGAAUGCUACUCCACAGUUUGCGGGGGCCCCCAGUCCAUCACCAAUGCGAUCUGCCGCACCGUGGCGCUGACAGUCCAGCAGCAGCUGGGGUCGGAGGUCGGGGCCUUCUCUUUCGACCAGCCCGCCAUGCAGUUCGUGAAGCCGAUCAACUCGCCGACGACGGGGUCGGUCAACAUGACGCUGGUCGGGUCAAACUUCGGCACCCAGCCCAGCUACGGGCAUCAAGUGUGGGCGGCAAGCAAGAAGUGCAAGUCGACGACCUUCGUCUCCGACUCCUCCCUCAUCUGCGAGACCCCCCAGAGCGUCGGGACCGGGCACAAAGUGUACGCCACCCUGCUGGCCAAGGGAGGAGAGGACUUCUACCUCCGCACCGCCGACUCGUCCCGCUCGCUCUUCUCCUACGACCGGCCUGUCAUCGCGGCCUACCAGCCCCCCCACGUCCCGACCACCGGCGGCUCCACCAUCACAGCCCUCGGCUCCGGCUUCGGGGCCGAACGCUGCGGAGGAGACUGCACCAAGUACGAGAUUCCCCAGCUGACAGUCGGGGACACUGCCUGCUACACCACCACCUGGGUCUCGGACUCUUCCCUUCUCUGCUCCUUCGGGGUCUACCCAGACCCCGGGCCCGGCGUCGGGCAGAACCUCCCAGCUGGGAUCGUGGUGGGUUCUCAGGCCAGCGACCUCAAGUCCUUCUUCUCCUACAACGCGCCGGCGGUCAUGGGGUUCACCACCGGCAACCCCCCAUGGUCCAAGGCAGUACCCUACGCCAGCAACGGCCCAGCUGAAGGAGACCGGCCGCUGACGAUCUUCGGGUCGAACUUCGGGGUGCUGGACUACUCGCCGACGGCGACGAUAGGAGAGACGAGCUGCAAGCGGGCUAGCUGGACCUCCGACACCUCCAUCCUCUGCACGACCCCAGCUUGCACGAACUACCUGGCAGGCGCAAACUACGACCUCCCGCUGCAGGUGGAGGUCGGGCUGGCCUACUACACAGAUGGGAAGCAGCUGGGGGUAAAGAUCGCUGCCUUCACGUGCGACUUCCCCAUCCCCGUCUUCUUCAAGCUGAACAACAACGAGAUCAAUCUUCUCAGCUUCCUCGCCUCCCUCCUCCUCGCCGGCCUCGUGGUCUGCUGCCUCCACAGGAGGUACAAGAAGGAAUGGCCCUCCAUCCCCCUCACCCUCCCCAAGGCUCGAGCUCGCUACCCUCCAGGGCAGAAGCCGAACCCGAAGCAGCUGGUCUACCACACGCUGUGGACGAAGCAAAGGGACGACGAUGAUGCUCACAGCGCGUCGAGCCAGGAUGAUGAUGAGGAGGAGGAGGACCCCAAGAAGCGAGCAGACAUCCUGCAGAACGCGUUCGAGAAGGGCCUAGCCGCAGCGACGAAGCUUGCUGGUGGGCCGAAGCUCGACAAAGAGGAGGAGGAGGAGGAGGACGAGGACCAAGAGGAGGACGUGUACGAGGACGAGGGAUUCAAGCUGCACUCGAGGCAGACUUACCGUCCUCCUAGAGUCGCGCUGGAUCGACUUGAGAAGGCCAACACGUUCAGGUGGGGAGCUGAGAGCACCAGCAUGGGCGACAUCCCUGAGUCGAUUCAGACGCCGCAGCCAGGGACGAAGCAGAGGCAGCACAAGAGGAACAAGAGCAGGAAGGAGCACGCGACGCAGCUGUGGAGGAGGAUGAGCAUAGCGCUGCUGGCGUCAAGAGAGGGAGGAGGCAGGAGGCAGGAGGCAGGAGGCAGGAGGCAGGAGGCAGAAGGGAGGAGACAGGAGGAGGAGAAGGCUGAGCUCGAUGAUGUACUGCUGGAAGAGCAUGAGGAGGAGAGAUAG